CUCACCUGGCGUGAUGGCCUAAAACCUCUUACAAGUUUCAACCCCAGGUCUCGCUUCUCGUGGUGGCCAUGGCCUAAAACCCAACCCACGUUUCAACUGAUGAACUGAGAGUUUCUUCAUUAGAACAAAGCAAUGGCGAGCCCAGAAGAACCCAAGCUCCAAUAUUUCCUCCAGUGGCUUCAGGUGAAUGGUGCGCAGCUACGUGGCUGCAAUAUCAAAUACUGUGAUUCCACUAAAGGGUUCGGAAUUUUUUCUGCAGACAAUGUUUCUGAUGGAAUUUUAUUGGUGGUUCCACUAAAUUUAGCAAUAACUCCAAUGAGGGUACUACAAGAUCCAUUGUUCGGACCUGAAUGUAGAGCAAUGUGUGAUGAAGAAGCGGUGGAUGACAGGUUCCUGGUUAUCUUGUUUCUAACUGUGGAACGUCUGCGGAGGAACUCUUCUUGGAAGCCGUAUUUUGAUUUGCUUCCGACCACAUUCACGAGUUCCCUCUGGUUUUCUGAUGAAGAGCUUUUAGAGCUGAAGGGGACACCGUUGUAUCAAGCAACUGAGUUGCAGAAGAAGAAUUUGCAGUCACUGUUUCAUGAGAAAGUAAAGAACUUGGCUGAGAAGCUUUUGACUGCUGACGGCUACCCAGAAAGUGAGGUGACAUUUGAUGACUUCCUUUGGGCAAAUUCUGUUUUCUGGACUCGAGCUCAAAAUAUUCCUCUUCCCCAGUCCUAUGUAUCUCCAGAAGCUGAGGAAAAACAAGACGGCGCCAUCUCAAGUAGCAGCAGAGAGGAUGAGCCAUCUACCAAUUAUAUUUUAAAACCCGAAAAAUGUGGGGCUGAUAGUGAAGUUGAUGGAGUUGUAUCUACCAAACAACUAGGAGAGACAGCUUGGGUUGAAGGUCUUGUCCCAGGCAUAGAUUUCUGUAACCACGAUUUGAAGGCCCUAGCAACAUGGGAAGUUGAUGUAACAGGAUUAGAGACUGGAAUUCCUUUCUCCAUGUACCUUCUUUCUGCUAGACAGAAUUCUUUCCAGAGGGAGACAGAGAUAUCCAUCAGCUAUGGAAACAAAGGAAAUGAGGAGCUGCUCUAUCUGUAUGGAUUUGUCACAAGGGAUAACCCAGAUGACUAUCUAAUGAUUAAUUAUCCUGUGGAGGCUAUUCAGGAUGUUACUUUUUCUGAGCAAAAAGCGCAGCUUCUCGAAGCACAGAAAGCUGAGUUGAGAUGUCUUUUACCUAGAAGUUUGUUAAACCAUGGUUUUUUCCCUCCACAUACUCCACAAGGAGAAAACAAUGAGAAGCACUUGAGAAGUCAGGUUUGUAGCCAUAGUUGGAGUGGUCAGCGCAAGUCACCAUCUUAUGUCAAUACACUUGUAUUUCCAGAGGAUUUCUUGACUGCCUUGAGAACAAUAGCCAUGAAGGAAAAUGAGCUUUACCAGGUCAUAUCUUUGCUUGAGGAGCUUGUUGGAGCAGAAGGGGAGAGACAACCAUCUGACACAGAAGUUCGAGCUGCAAUAUGGGAGGCUUGUGGGGAUUCUGGAGCGAUGCAACUGCUUGUUGAUCUUCUGAACAUGAAGUUGAUGGAUCUUGAAGAGGGUUCUGGGACUGAAGAUAGUGACACUGAGUUAUUAGAGAAGGCUCACUUUGCUGAAGUUCCGGAGGACUGCAUAAGGAUUGAGAAGAAUGGUUCCGAGCUGCUAAGCAGGAAUAGGUGGUGUGGCAUAGUGUACAGGCGAGGGCAGAAGCAACUCACCCGCCUUUUUCUCAAGGAAGCAGAACAAGCCUUGCAUCUAGCGCUUAGUGAGGGGAACUAGUAAAAGUUUCUCUUUUUUGAAUGACAGUAGCAAGAUAUUCACAAAAUGCAUGUAUGUCUAGUUUCAACAAAUGCAGUGACCCGAUCUUUGGAUAUCCCUUCCAUUUACAUGAUUUGCUUAUCUA